AUGUCGAAGGCCACCACCGGGAUAGUCGCCGCUGUGGGCAUCGUGGCCAUCGUGUCACUAGUCCUUAACAUCCUCAUAUGGGUCAAAGUAAAGGACGACUACUCUGACACCAAGACUAAUUCCGAACCAAAUGUAAAAUACGAACAAAUUCCUAUAAAAAUAAAUCCAAUCCCCACAGCGGUAAGGCACACAGCGCCAAAAAGCAGACCAACAAAGACAAGGCUCAGAACGAUUACUAGUGUGGGGAAGGGUAGACCAUUUGGUUCAAACCCAGAGCCUAUGUAUGUCAAUGAUACACACUUUUGUCCAAGUUAUGGAGAGCCGGACAAUAAGCCCGAAUAUCAGGAAGCUGCUUCGUUCAUUCUCAGUGGACUCGAUCAACAUGUUGACCCUUGCGAUGACUUCUAUACCUUUGCAUGCAAUACUUAUAUAAAAACCCACAACGCGUCUGAGAUUGGAGUUGAACGAAUAGGAACUUACGAUGAAGCGCAGGAUGCUGUGAACUUGGAAAUUACGGAUGCGCUUUUACCUGUUGAAGUUAGUGAUACUUCCAGGUCAGAAACCGAACGAAUUGUGAAGGCGGUAAGUAGGAAUUUUUGA